AGUGCAUUGGACCAAGAGUCUAUCCAAACAACAAACUCAUUCUCACAUGGAUGAGAGGGAGUGAGAUUGUUCAGAGAAGUUCUACAGAAGAACCAGGUCUUCCGGAUGAAGAUAACAGGUUGAGAAAUGUCUUCAAUUUCACCGCAAGUCUGUCAGAUGAUGGACAGGAGUACACCUGCUUGGCUGAAGUGGACUUGGGCUCUAACACCACAAUGUCAAUCACAAACUCCUCUGUCACUCUGCAAACCUACUCUUUCAUGGAGCAGCCUAGAAUCCUGGACAAAAGGCCCAAAGAAGUGAAGCAAAAGGUCAAUUUAAUAUGUGAGGUCUCAAAAGUCUAUCCAGUUGAGAAGAUGAGUGCAAGAUUGUUUCAGGAUGGUGAGGAACUGAACUCAGUUACCACAAGGCCAAAUUCUAACACUGUCCGAACAACAGCAGCAUGGACACCGCAGGAAACUGGUCUGAUCGAAGUUGUCUGUAUGGCUGAUUUUGAGAAGUAUCCAUCGGUUCCCUCAAAGAAUAACAGUGUUUUCAUUGAGGUGUAUGUUUUCUCUUCCCCCGAAAUCCAAAUACCAACCAGCCAUGAAGGAAAUCUGGUUAACAUUACGUGCCGUGUGUUAAAUGUCUCAGGGGAUCUUGAACUCAGACUGAAGAAAGAAAAUGACAUAUUAACGAAUGGAUCAAGCAGUACUGGGCUCACUAUCUCUCAUACAGUACAGGCUCAAGCAAAGCUGAAUGGACAGCAGUAUAUCUGUGAGGCUGAACUGAAACUUCAAGAUCAGUCAAUGACCAGCCCUGUUAUUAAACAACAGGUUGGAACCCUCCAUGUCCUGUGUAAGUAG